UCUCUUUCUUCCGUGUUUCUUUCCAUUUCCAUUUUAAAUUUCUUGAGUACAUCGAGAGAGAUUGGCUCUGCUUGUGACCCGUAUUGACGUCACCUAGCAUGAGAGACCUACAGCUGACCCAGGUGGCGGGCACCCGGCAAUCCCCUCUGGCCAUGGUUUACACCGAUGACAUGAUGGAGGAUGUUAGGCUUCUUGAUUCCUGUGAAAGCCGGGACGAUCAUAAUGACGCUUCGCAUGCAAUUGUGAUUGGAGAAGAUGGGUUUAAGAGAAUUCAAGUGAGAGUUACAGGGAUGACUUGUGCUGCUUGUUCCAAUUCUGUUGAAUCAGCAUUGAAGAGUGUUCAUGGGGUUUUCAGAGCUUCUGUUGCUUUGCUUCAAAAUAAAGCUGACGUCGUAUUCGACCCUGCUUUGGUUAAGGACGAUGAUAUCAAGAAUGCAAUUGAGGAUGCAGGUUUUGAAGCAGAGAUUCUAUCUGAACCUAGUAUAUUAAAAAAAAAGCCAAAUGGAACCCUUUUGGGGCAAUUCACAAUUGGAGGUAUGACCUGUGCAGCCUGUGUGAACUCUGUUGAAGGUAUUUUGAGAAAUUGUCCUGGUGUCAAAAGGGCUGUGGUGGCAUUGGCUACUUCUUUAGGGGAAGUUGAGUAUGACCCUACUGUAAUUAGCAAAGAUGAUAUAGUGAAUGCUAUUGAAGAUGCAGGCUUUGAUGCAUCUCUUGUACAGAGUAGUCAACAGGAUAAAAUAUUACUAGGAGUUGCUGGGAUAUUCAGUGAGAUGGAUGUGCAGCUUUUAGAGGGAAUACUGAUAAUGCUUAAAGGAGUACGGCAAUUCCGUUACAACCAGUUAUCCAGUGAACUAGAAGUUCUCUUUGACCCUGAAGUUGUAGGUUCUAGAUCCUUGGUUGAUGGAGUUGAGGGAGGGAGCAAUGGGAAGUUCAAAUUACAUGUUAUUAACCCUUACUCAAGAAUGACUUCUAAGGAUGUUGGAGAAAUUUCUGUUAUGUUUCGACUUUUCAUUUCCAGCCUGUUUCUCAGUAUUCCCAUCUUUUUCAUGCGAGUAAUUUGCCCUUAUGUACCACUGUUGUCUUCCUUGCUGCUCUGGCGCUGUGGACCCUUCCUAAUGGGUGAUUGGUUAAAGUGGGCAUUGGUGAGUGUUGUUCAAUUUGUAAUUGGGAAGCGGUUCUAUGUGGCAGCUGGUAGAGCCCUUCGAAAUGGUUCGACCAACAUGGAUGUUUUAGUUGCAUUGGGAACUUCAGCCUCUUACUUCUACUCUGUUUGUGCGCUACUAUAUGGUGCAGUCACUGGCUUUUGGUCCCCAACAUACUUUGAAACAAGUUCCAUGCUGAUAACAUUUGUAUUGUUGGGAAAGUAUUUGGAGUGCCUUGCCAAGGGAAAGACAUCAGAUGCCAUCAAGAAGCUAGUACAACUUGCUCCAGCAACAGCACUGCUGGUUGUCAAAGACAAAGGUGGAAAGAGCAUUGGAGAAAGGGAGAUAGAUUCAUUACUUAUUCAGCCUGGUGACAUAUUAAAAGUUCCUCCCGGUACCAAAGUUCCUGCAGACGGUGUUGUUGUAUGGGGUUCAAGUCAUGUUAAUGAAAGCAUGUUAACUGGUGAAUCUGCUCCUGUUCUGAAGGAAGGUAGUUCAUCAGUUAUUGGAGGUACAAUAAAUUUACAUGGUGCUCUUCACAUACAAGCUACUAAAGUAGGAUCAGAUGCUGUAUUGAGCCAGAUAAUUAGUUUGGUUGAGACAGCCCAGAUGUCCAAAGCUCCAAUACAGAAAUUUGCAGAUUAUGUAAGUAGCAUUUAUGCGUAUUACCCUGUUCACAUGUCUCAGGCUAGCAGUGAACAUCCAUUGGCAAAAGCAAUUGUGGAACAUGCACGCCAUUUCCAUUCCUUUGAUGACCCUCCUGCAACCAAUGAUGGCCAAACCCCCAGCAAAGGGUCUACAAUCUCUGGGUGGCUUCUUGAUGUCUCAGACUUCUUGGCUCAUCCUGGAAGUGGUGUGAAGUGCUUCAUAGAUGGAAAACGAAUCUUGGUUGGUAACCGGAAACUUAUGACUGAGAAUGGAAUUGCCAUUCCAGACCAAGUAGAACAUUUUGUAGUAGAGCUUGAAGAAAGUGCAAAGACAGGCGUCCUUGUUUCGUUUGAUGACAAAAUAAUUGGUGUUUUGGGGAUUGCAGAUCCAUUAAAGAGAGAAGCUGCUGUAGUAAUUGAGGGCCUUCUGAAAAUGGGUGUCAACCCAGUCAUGGUGACAGGGGAUAAUUGGAGGACAGCACGUGCAGUUGCUAAGGAGGUGGGCAUUCAAGAUGUUAGGGCUGAAGUAAUGCCAGCUGGCAAAGCCGAUGUUAUUCAGUCUUUUCAAAAGGAUGGAAGCAUUGUAGCAAUGGUGGGUGAUGGCAUCAAUGACUCUCCUGCUCUUGCUGCUGCAGAUGUUGGCAUGGCUAUUGGUGCGGGGACAGAUAUCGCCAUAGAAGCUGCUGACUAUGUCUUGAUGAGGAAUAACUUGGAGGAUGUAAUCACAGCCAUUGAUCUCUCAAGAAAAACCUUUUCUCGCAUUAGAUUGAAUUAUAUUUUUGCCAUGGCUUACAAUGUGAUCGCAAUACCUAUUGCUGCUGGGAUGUUCUUUCCUUCGCUAGGGAUCAUGUUGCCACCAUGGGUAGCCGGUGCUUGCAUGGCUCUUUCAUCUGUAAGUGUUGUAUGCUCGUCUUUACUUCUUAGAAGAUAUAGAAAACCCAGACUUACCACCAUCUUGGAAUUAACUGUAGAUUAGAAGGAGAAAAAAUAAAAACUCUAGGUUUCAUUCAAAUCUGUAGGAAAUAAAUAAUUAAAAAUGUAGAUGAGGUGGAGAACGAAGCAUGAAACUUGCAAUCUUGUAUGUAUUUGUUACUUUCUUUCACAACUUAUACACUGAGUGGCUGCAAUUUUAUCACACCAAAAUGUGAAUGUGAUUGUAUAAUAUGAUCAUUGUUGUGUUUUCUUGU